UAAGCUCAUCUAUCCACUCUUUGUUUUGAUAUCAUUUCCACAUAACCAGACACUAAACCGAAUUUUAUGAUUCUAAUUUCCGGUUUGCAAGUCAGUAUUAACCGAAAGAGAAGACACGUCAGAUUCGGCUCUUAUCCGGGCCAAGGAUAGUGAUAAUCGUGUGUCCAUUCAGAGCCUGGGUACGCAUAAUACGUGUCUUGACCUCGUCAACGCUAGUUUUUUUUUUUAAUUUCUCUGGUAAGCUCAUUUUCUCUCCUAAUGUUUCGUUUAUUCUUCUCCUUUUACUUCGAUCGUUGACGAGGUCAAGUGUCCAUCCCUCUUCCUUCUCCAAUCUUGCAUAUAAUAAUCACUCUUCUUCCCAUCACCUUUCAAAAAAAAGAUUCCUUUGAUUGUCAUUUGUCUUUUUUUCAUAACUCGUGACCAGGUUCUCUCUAACGUAAGCAUUUUGUAUUUUCCGUGUUAUUAUUUGCUAUCUGCUGUUUCUUGUUUGUUUAAUGGAUACCAAUUUGAAUAUAGCAGUAUCUUUCUUACCAAGACAAGGAGCAAUGAAGCCAGGAUCAGGAGCAUUUGCGUUGAAUCCCCAUGCAACAUCAUACGUACCACUCUAUAAAAGAGUUGAUCAUGCUGAUAUGGACGGUUUGCUGUUUGCCAACCCCACCACACAAGAUAUAAGUUUUGAAGUAUCGAUGCCCAAGAUUUCAUCUGAAGUGGCGUACAAGCUGAUAAGGGAUGACGAUUUCGAUAUGGAGAUGGAGAUUGACAUGGAUAUUGAAUACCUUCUUGUCACAUUCUCUGGUCUCUCUCAAGAGUCUAUUACUGAUGUUUACCUCGCCAAUAGUGGUGAUCUUGAAGCAACCAUUGAGAUGCUCAAUCAGCUUGAGAUAUACAGCAAUGAAGCUCAAGAAAACCUCCCAGAGACUCUGGAUAUUGGGGUUAUGUGUGAAUCAGCUGGGCCUUCAACUUCAAAAUGCUCAACACAAAAGAAGGUAGCUACUGAGGUCGCUGCAUCAUCAUCAUCACCAUCGGUUAUCCCCAGUGCACCUGUAUCGGCCUGAUUUGAAGAAUCAUUGGUUGUGCAGUUUAUUUUAUUUUAUUCUUUGUAUGAACAACACACCCAUAAUAAGUACAGUGACUGGGGGUUAACGUUCUGGUAUCAAUGAACUUGAUGGUAAUCUUAGGGUAUAUGAUAUGCGAGUGGCUAAGUGAAAUGAUAUAAUGUAUAGUUUUUUUUUUUGUGGAAUGCAAAUAUGAGUGAUGUCUUGUUUGGCAAAUUAGUUUCCUCGUUUGCACCCCACCCCUCCCCUUUGUUUGCAAACUUCAUUUCUUAUGAAUAAUAUUGAUUUUUUUUGGACAAAAUGAAUGAUAUGAUAUGUUUGUUUUUGGUAUAUUACAACUGGAGAAUCCUUAGUUUCUUGAGAUUAUAGCAAAAGAAAUGAAUAAAAAGAUUGAUGUAUAUUUUCAAUAAGAAGAAAAUUCACCCAAAAAAACGCCAACGGUCUUGGUUUCUUGGAUAUAAGUAUAUAAUGACAUCAGAAUAUUGGAUGGAAGUCAUGGAACCGGUUAUCUUUUUUGGAUUGCGAUUGCGGUUCGGUUAAUGCCAAAAAGGAAAAAUCAGGGACGGGCUUUACCAGUGCUUAAAUCAUUAACGAAACUUAAUGGACUGAACUUAGACUAGUCCGGGUUUAAAACGGGCCUUAUCAGCCAAUCAUAACAAUCCUAUUCUUUCAAAUUGUCAAUAAACAACCUUUUACAUGUGAUAGAUGUGUUCUUGGUGUAACGUAGCGAACUAGCGAUAGACUACUGAUCUCAUAUAUGUAAUAUGCUGAAAAACUCUUCAAACUCAAUGUUAUGAAAGCAGAGGAGAUGUAGUUUUCCUUUUAUGAAAAAAGCACAAAUGUUUUAUGAAGUUUUAUUUUUGAAGUUGGGACUACUUCGAGGUUUGUAUUCUACGAUGUCUACAAAACGAAGGUAAUGAAGUUUUCCAAAAAGCUAAGGAGAGAGAGAGAUUUAGCAAAAACAAUAAAAAAAACACUACAAUACAGA